UCGACGAACCACCCCCUACGACCAGCUUCGGGACCGCACAAUACCGCCAAGAUGGUCGCCGCAAAGAAGCACAUACCGAUCGUGAAGAAGCACAAGAAGCGCUUCAACCGCCACCAGUCAGACCUCUACAAAUGCGUCGAUGCUUCAUGGCGGAAGCCCAAGGGUAUCGACAAUCGUGUCCGUAGACGGUUCAGCGGCCAGGCUGCCAUGCCAAAGAUCGGUUACGGAAGCAACAAAAAAACCAGACACAUGAUCCCCUCCGGCCACAAGGUCUUUCUCGUUCAUAACCCCAAGGAUGUCGAACUUCUACUGAUGCACAACCGGACCUACGCUGCUGAGAUUGGCCACGCGGUUUCGUCAGGAAAGAGAAUCGACAUCAUCGCCAAGGCCAAGCAACUCGGCGUCAAGGUCACCAACCCUAAGGGCAGACUUACCACUGAGUCGUAGUCAUGUUGUUUUGUUGUUUUCUUUUUCCUUUCACGUUUAUGUCUGGGGUCGGAAGGCUUGGGAUUUGGCGAAAGCAUUUGAUAAAUAAAAUAGCCGUUGAAACCCUGAUUUGAAUUUAAAUGGAAUAAACCAGAUAAAAUUAACGGAAUGAAACUGUUAUUUUACUUUGUC